AUGCAAUGGGCAGCUGUUGCAGGGAAAGGCCUCAUUGCAACAGACAUGGGGUUCUUUAACGAUGCAGGUGCAGCAAAGCACCAAGCAGUAGCAAUGCGGUCUGGCUUAGAUCUUUCUGUGUUCUACAGGUGCAAAUUUGAUGCCUUUCUGGACACCCUCUAUGCUCACUCAAACCGUCAGUUCUACCGUGAAUGUGACAUUACAGGCGCCACUGACUUCAUCUUUGGCAACGCAGCUAUGGUCUUCCAAAGCUGCAAUAUUAUGCCUAGGCAACCUCUAGCUAACCAAUUCAACACCAUCACUGCCCAAGGCAAGAAAGACCCAAAUCAAAACACUGGCAUUUCAAUCCAAAAAUGUACCCUCUCUCCAUUUGAUAAUGUCACAGCCUCAACAUACCUUGGUAGGCCUUGGAAAGCCUACUCCACCACAGUUAUAAUGCAGUCUGAAAUUGGGUCAUUCUUAAACCCAUUGGGCUGGAUAUCUUGGGUCACCAAUGUUGACCCACCUAGCACUAUUUUCUAUGCUGAGUACCAAAACACUGGCCCAGGAUCAACUGUAGACAAAAGGGUUAAAUGGGCUGGGUAUAAGCCCACUCUAACAGCAGAUGAUUCUACCAAGUUUACUGUGGAAUCUUUUAUACAGGGCAGUGAAUGGUUACCAAACACCGAGGUGAAAUAUGAUGAAUCCUUAUGAUCUGAACAAUGAGUCAGCUUGCAUCAAAUUCCAAUAUUAAAAUUUGGAAAGGUUACAGUUUGUUUAGUAAAGAAUGAAUUAGACUUUUCUUUUUUGACGCAUUAAAAAUUGGGUUGGUAGCAUGUAACUAUCUAUGAGUCAGAUGUCUUAUACUGAGUUUGUAUUUUUAAUUAUUAUUUUUUUCUAUAGUUUAU